AUGACCGACUUCCAGGCCCGUGUCGCUGCGGUCAACCGAUUCCGCACCUUGCUGCUUCCCGCUCAAGGCUCCCCCUCCUCUCAGUACAGUCAAGCGCUCAAAGAACUCUGCUGGCUCGGGCUCGAGCACCGACUCCCUCCUGAACUCGUCAACUAUUCUGAAGUGAGACCCCUGUGCCCGAAAUGCGGGCGUAUCGAUUCCCUACGCCCUUUCAUGCACUAUAAGCCCGACACAGCCGGACAAAUGGGUAUUUCCUGCGAUGCUCGGACCGGGCAGGGUGACGAGACUUGCGGCCCUCGCCGCAUUGCUCCGCGCAACCCUGUUACGGUCGCGGAGCGCGGGAGCGCGGAGGUCGGGCGAGUCGGAGACGAGCGGAAAGGCGGGAUGGAUUAG